ACGACGUCUCGACCAUUGUUUCCCUUCAACGUGACUUUACCGAAAGAGCUAAGAAUAUGAAUUACUGCAGUCACGAAAGCUUUAAAUCAAAAUUUCACGCCCCCCUCACUUAUGCCACGCCUCCUCACUUAGGCCGCACCCCUCGCUUAGGCCACGCCUCCUCGCUUAGGCCACUUCCCCUUACUGCUGCCGCGCUCCCCCCAGUGCAGCGUGGCGGGGUCCAUGGUGGUAGCGGCGUCCAGGCCACUGCUGCUGCUGCUCUUGCCUGAAACCCGGACACACUGACUAUUUUCAUUGGAGUAUGACAGGUGUGUGUUUGUGUCGCCCUGCACAAAUGUGGAAGUCCUAAUCGACCCUCAGGUCAAAGCUAUCCUGCCCCACAGCAUCUGACAAGGUCCAAGGUAAAUAAGCAGACUUCCUACUCCCCAUAUCGGUCCCUCCGCGUAAAAAAAUAAAUGUUGAAACAAUGUUAAUUAAUUAUGCAUUCAUAAAGAUGCGUGGCUGAAGGGAUGUAUAACAAGACACUAAGUUUAUAUAGAUAAGGGAAGGUGGCUUAUUGUGUACUUUAGAAAAUUACGAGGGUCAAUACACAUGGUUUAAAAAAAAUUGUCUCUACCAUUGGAGGUGAUCUCAUCACUUCCAAAUCCAUAUCUGCUGUAUCCCAGUUCCACGAAAGGUGAAAAGAUGAUGCACAGCCCUUAUUUUGGGUCUGCGAAGAGACAUGAGACUCGGUCUGCCGCGGGAGUUUCAGCAAAAGUUCAAGCCUCGAGUGGGAGUGAGCUUCACAGUCCACGUCCUCAAGACUCCCCAGUGGAUGGGAAGGCUGGAAAGCAUCGCCAAUCUCAUGGAUGCGUUGGCGGUGGUGACAUGGACAGUCAGCCCUUGGCAGGCAUGAAGUUUGAGCGAAACAAAGUGAGAUUGGAUCCAGAGUUACUCUUAUUCGCAGAGUCUGGGUCAGCGAUUCGCAUCCGAGGUGAUGGGCUGGCUUGUGACUACACCCGGGCCUUCCGAAGAGCUGAGGCCGAGAGGCUCUUGGAGGAGUGUGAAAAGCAAAUUGAGUACAUGGCAGAUGAGGACGCGCGGGUGCGUGUAUUUGGAGCGUGGCACGCACUCCCGCGUCAGCAAUCCGCUUACGGGGACCCCGGAGUCACGUACCGCUACUCUGGGUCAACGCUUCUAGCCCGGCCCUGGUGCCCAGUGCUGAAGGAGAUCCGAGAGCACAUUGAGAGCCUCACUGAGCAACCCUACAACUUUGUUCUUGUCAACAGGUACCGUGAUGGAAGAGACCACAUGGGGGAACACCGCGACGAUGAAAAGGACCUCGUCCGUGGCUCGGCCAUUGCGUCCGUGUCGCUGGGCGCAUGCAGGGACUUCUGCUUCCGACGUCGGCCGCGCGGAGGCAGGCGAUCGGUGAAUGCGGAACCACGGGAGAGCCGCGGCUGUUGUCGUGAUGCGAGCGGAGGCAGUGAAAGCAGCACGGAGGAUUUGUCAUCAUCUGGCACUUGGAGCAGUCGCACUGUUCACAAUGGUGGCAGUGAUCAGGAUACUGAGCAAAUGUGUGAAAUGAGCGGUAUGAUCCAUUCAAAGUUGCCAAAACUUGACAACUGGAGUGGCAAUCGCAGCGGCGCCUUUGAGAAUGACUCCGUAACAAGCAAAAUGCUUUCAACGUGUCAGUCAUCUGCCAGCAAGUUGAAAUGCACAAGUGAAAGAUGUGCAAACGACAUCGCCAUCACCGUGUCAGGAGACAGGCUGGUGAUGCCGCUGGAACAUGGCAGUGUCCUGGUAAUGAAAUGGCCGACAAACGAGGUGUGGUGUCAUGCACUCCCUCCACGACGCAGAGAUAAAAGCAUACGUGUUAACCUUACAUUCCGCCUCAUCCACACAGGAGUGUGAAGACACAUUACCAGGAUACUGCCGUGUUUCCGUGGUACCGCGUUCACCGAUAUGUCAACAAAAAUAAUCACAAGCAUCACUUUAGAUAAUUAUUAACCAAAUAAAAAUAUAAUAUGCUUUUUACUUUUUGGUUCUUUUGGUAAAGUCACGUAGAAAGAAAAUAAAUUAAAUAAUAGAAUACGAUGUUUCGAUUGCAACACAAGCAAUCGUCAUCAGGUACAAA